AAAUCCCAUCCCGCAUCCCUGUCACUACGAAGCUCCAAAGCUUCAACACCCCCAAAAAAUGGCGUCAGAUCCGCCCAACCCGGCCAUAAUGGCGACGACGACGACGCCCAAUCCCAGCGCCGAGGGGAAUUCAGACCCGAAACCAAACACCACCACCCCCACCGACGCCGACGACUGGACCCCCGCCCAAAAAGAAGCUCUUCAAGCGCACCUCUCCGCCCUCCGCACCUCCCGCACCGCCGACGCGCGCCUCUCCCUCCCCCCCCCCCAGCGCCUCCUCCUCGGCACCAGCACCGCCUUCCUCGUCGGCUUAACUCUCGGGGGCUCCCACGGAUUCGGACUCGCCGGUUUACGGUUCCGUGCAGAGAACGCGCAUCGCUUGCCGAAGGAACCGACGGGGUGGUAUUUAUAUCAUAAGAGCAAGAAUUAUAAGAUGUUGCUUGAGGGGGUUAAGGAGGGGGUGAGGAUGGGGGGGAGGGUGGCGGUGUGGACGGCGCUGUUUUUGGGGACGGAGGAGGUGCUGGAUGUGGUGAGGGGGGGGAGGGAUGCGGGGAGUACGGUUGUGGCGAGUUUGACGGUGGCGGGGGGGUUUAGUUUGUGGAACCGCUUUCCGAUGGCUACGGCGGCGCGGACGGCGAAGACGGGGCUUGCGAUCGGGUUGGCGUAUGGGUUGGCGCAGGAUGCGGUUGGGGCGUUGCGGGGGAGGAGGCCUGGGUAUGUGGAUUUUGUGAUGGGGAGGAGGGGGGAGGGGGGGAGGGAGAGCACGACAUUAUGAGGGGUGGAUGGCUGGGGAUACGGGGAUACGGAGGAGGAGGGGUGAGGAAGACUGAUUGAACGCGAAUACGUGAGAAGAGGGAUUGAAGGAAUACCUGAGAAGAGCGAUUGGGCACGAAUGGGUGAAAAGGAGCGAAUGAACGCGCAUUGUCGAAGAACAGCGAUUGAGCGCGAAAUACUGAAGAACAGCGAUUGAUUGAGGAGGAUAUACCAAUUGGAGACGAAGAAGAAGCGAAGAGGAAAGAAUUGAAAUGGGAGGGAGUGAGGGAGUGAGGGAGUGAGGGAGUGAGGACAAGAGGACGGUGACAAAGCGGAGAAAGAACAACGGCCACGCCGCCUCAUCACCCUCUCCCUCGUGACUCUCUCCCCUCACAAGAAGCAAAGAAAAGCCAACUAAUCCAAACCCCAACUCAGCACCUGCGCACCACCACCUGCAUUCGGCCCGCCUGCAUUGGUGCGUGUCUUGGUGUCUUAGAAGUCAAUCCCGAUAACGGCAGCACCGGUCUCGCCUGAUGAGGUUUGGGGAGGGUCGUGGGUUCGGGGAUGACACCUGGAUGACAGUGGAUGACACUCGGAAAUGGUGAAUUGGAUGAUUGUAUGGGGAAAGACUCAGCGAGUAUAUGCGAGGGGAGAUGCACACAAGUACCGUUGGUUUGCAUUACGGAGUGUAAGAGUUGUAGUUGUUAGUAGUGUUUUAGUAGUGUUUAGUAGUGUUAGUAGUAAAAAGAGUGGCUCGACUGGGCCCGUUGGCGCUGGUGAAAAGCUUCAAGUCGGAAAUAUGUGGGGGGGUGGAGGUAGAGAGGUAGGGGCCACAAGGGCCAUGAUGGGGAUAAUGGGGGCUGGAGUUACUGUAUCAGGCCCAUCUGUGGGUAAGAAGAGGUAAAAAGGGUCAGGUGACACCGGCUAGAAUCGCGAGUCGGUAUGGAUCAUUCAAUAGACUUUGCAAUUCAUUACUCACUCCCGCUGCAGUGGCGUAGGG